AUGUCGUCAAAAUCAACGAAAAAUUUAUAUCUUGGUCUUGAUUUGAGUACUCAACAAUUCAAAGGCGUUGUUAUUGAUGAAGAGUUGAACGUUGUAGCUGAAGACUCAGUUAGUUUCAAUGAUAAAACGUUACUUAAAAAUUAUGUGUUACCAAACGGUUUCAUUGUUGAUAAAAAUGAUCCAGAUUGUAUAACAACGCCUGUUCUCGUUUGGAUUGAAGCAUUCGACGUGUUAUUACAAAAAUUACGUGAUCAAAAAACAUUUGAUUUUAAAAAUAUUGUUGGUAUAUCUGGAUGUGGCCAACAGCAUGGUAGCGUAUAUUGGGCCGAAAAUGCGUGUGAAAAUGGUUUAAAACGUUUAAAACAACAUUCGUCAUCAAAUGACGACGAUCACGGCGAAAUCGUGGUAGAAAAACUCAGACAAUUACCAAAAAACUUGUUUCUUAUUGAUUAUCUAAAAGAAUGUUUUAGUCGUGCAAAUUCACCAAUUUGGAUGGAUUCAUCUACAACAAAAUAUUGUAGACUGUUGGAAGAACGUUUAGGGGGAAGUCAAAAAUUAUUUGAAAUAACCGGCUCAAAAGCGUAUGAAAGAUUUACGGGAAGCCAAAUAAUGAAAUUUCAAACGGAAUCAAACGAUUUAUAUUUAAAAACUGAGAGAAUUCAAUUAGUUAGUAAUUUUGUAUCAACAUUAUUACUUGGUGAAUAUACAUCAGUUGAUUAUUCGGAUGGUUCGGGCAUGAAUUUAUUCGAUAUAAUUAACUUAAAAUGGUCGCAAGAAUGUUUAGAUGCAUGUGCACCAGAUCUACUAUCAAAAUUAUAUCAUGAAUUAGUACAUCCAUUAACAAUUCUUGGACCAAUAGCUAUCUAUUUUGUUGAUAGAUACGGAUUUGAUCCAGAUUGUAAAGUUAUUGCUUUCACAGGUGAUAAUCCGUCAUCAUACUACGCACUCGCAUCGGAUCCAGAAACAAUUGUUAUCAGCUUAGGAACAUCAGAUACAGUUAUCGCUUCAGUAAAAGCAUCACAAGCUCCAAAAGAGGCAUUUGACGGUCAUUUAUUUGUUAACCCAAUGAAAAAAAAUGAUAAUGAUAAUUUACUUAUGUUACUAUUAUGUUUUAAAAAUGGUUCAUUGGUUCGUGAACGUGUAAAAGAAGAAAUUACUCAAAAAGAUUGGCAACAAAUGUCCGAACUACUUUGUCAUUCACCACCAUCAAACCAUGGAUAUAUUGGAAUGUUUUUUGAUGAUCAGGAAAUAUUACCACAUAAUAUUCAAGGACGAUUUUAUUUUGAUGCACAUGGUGUACAAGUUAAAGAUUUAGAACCAUCCUGUAAAGCCAGAGCUCUAUUAGAAGGACAAUGCUUAGCUAAACGAUUAUAUUUACAGCGAGCAAAUAUUGAUUUAGCCAAUGUUAAACGUAUUGUCAUAACAGGUGGAGGUUCAGUGAAUAUUGAUUUAUUACAAAUACUAGCUGAUACAUUUGGAAAACCGGUUCAUGCUGCUUUUGCACCCAACUCUGCUUGUUUGGGAGGUGCUUAUCGUGCAAUUGAUGCAAUUAAAGAUCAUAAUAAAUCAAUAACAUCAACUAUUCAAUGGCUGAUAGCUGCUCAGCCACGAAGUGAAUUCGUACAAGUUUAUGAUGAAAUGUUAGUGAGAUAUGCCGAUCUAGAAAAUCAAUUGACUAAUCAACACCAACAGGCAUCACACAAUCAGAAAACACAUCAUCAUCAUUCGGCUGCGAACAAUCUGGGUUUGCAGGCGACAAAAAACCAUCAUUGA